CUGAAAGCCCGUGUCCUUGUAUCUUGUCUGUACAAGUUUGUUUCUUGGCAAUGGAUUUAUCCACAAGCGUGAUGCACAGCGUAGUCGAUCGCACACACUUGCGACAGAUUGAAGAUCCAUUUUUAUUGGAAAGCGAAGAGUUCGCAAAGCUAUAUCGUCUUACUCCCGAUGCAAUGGAAACAAUAAUUGACCACAUUUAUAGUGAAAUCAAGGGAGCACGUAUAAGCGCGUUAUCAGUGGAAAAACGGACAUGGCAAGACUCGUAUUAGCUGCUCUACGAUUUUAUGCAACUGGAUAUUACCAGCGGCCAGUGGGUGAGCAGUGGGGAAUAUCGAUGAGUCAGUCUUCAAUUUCAAGCAGUAUUCGCAAAGUGACAAAUUCCAUAAAUAAAAUAAAGUUCGGGCAGUAUGUACGCUUUCCAAUGACGGCAACAGAACGGCAUGAGGCUAUAGAACAAUGGACUGUUUCUCGACAUUGUUUCCCAGGGGCAAUAGGAGCAAUAGAUUGCACUCAUGAUGCCAUUCGAGGACCUUACGAGCAUGAGGAAUCUUAUGUGAAUCAUCAUGGCUAUCAUUCCAUUAAUAUACAAAUGAUAUGUGAUCCUACUUUGAAAAUUUUGAAUGUCAAUGCGCGUUAUCCCGGAGCACGUCAUGACUCCUUUAUAUGGAGUGCAUCCGCUACCCGCAGAGUUAUGAGAUCAUAUGAACGAGGAGAACGUGGAGUUUAUUUGAUUGGCGGUUCCGGUUACCCACUUGAGCCUUGGCUUAUGACCCCACUACCACAUGAACAAGAAGGCACAGCGAGGUACAGGUAAAAUGAUGCACUCUGUAAAGGUAGUAACGCUAUAGAGAGUCUUUUUGGAGUGUUGAAAAAUACAUGGCGUUGUUUAUCAGAGCAACGGGUUUUAGUUAACGAUCCAGGAUUUGCAGGCAGAAUUGUUAACGCCUGCGCAGUACUUCAUAACAUACGCAUCUCAGAGUGGGAAUAUGAAAUUCUUGAUACCGUACCGGAAACACCAAAUCACCUUUUCAAUGAGCCCCUUGAGGAAAUUUUACGACCAUCUGCAGCUGCAAGGAGAGUGCAAGAUCGCAUUAUUGCACGAUAUUCUAAUGUAUAGACGCUCCCUUAAUCUUACUAAUCUUACUAUCUUACUAAUAUUAUAAAUGUGAAAGUUUGUAUGUUUGGAUGUUUGGGAAAUCAUCACGCGGAAACGACUGAACGGA